AUGACCGUCAUUCAGCCAUGGGUUUGUGCUUGCUUGUUUGAAACCCUGCUUCGCUGGUUAACUCUGGUUUGGGAACCCUUCCAGCUCGAGUUAUCCCGCCUCCAGAUGUAUGCAGGGUCUAUGGUGGCUUUCUGGCCAUUCGGUACCGGAUGCAUCUGGAACGACAUCGUCGAUCGCGACUUUGACCGUCAAGUAGAGCGUACCCGGCACCGUCCGAUCGCCGACGGAAGAAUCUCCGUAACCGGAGCUCUGAUAUUCCUCGCUGUGCACAUAUUCAUCCUACUAGGGCUGGUAUACCACAUGAAUUCUCUUGCCCGAACAGUCGGUCUGAUGUCGCUGUUGUUUCCACCGGUCGUAUAUCCGUUUAUGAAGCGGAUAACGUACAUCCCUCAGGCCUGGCUCGGAAUCGCCAUCAACUGCGGGGUUCCGAUAGCUUGCGCGCAGAUUGCAAACUCCGUCACCCCCUCGUGCCUGAUAUUGUACGCAGGGACUUGGUCGUGGACAAUGUGGUACGAUACCAUCUACGCCUGCCAGGACAAGCGCGACGACGUGAAGGCCGGCGUGAAGUCAACUGCGCUCCUGUUCGGAGAGCACACCAAACCGGUCCUUGCUGUCUUUGGCUCGAUACUCAUCAGCGCCUUGCUUGGAUGUGGGAUCCUCAACGCCAGUGGCUUCGCUUACUACACCGUCUCCGUCGUCUUGGCGGCAAGUCUGCUCGCGAAAGAACUGUAUCAAGUCGACCUUGACGACCCAAAGAGCUGCUGGGGCACUUUCCACAGAAAUGGCCUCACGUUCGGAGCGGUGGUGUUCAAUGGAAUACUACUUGACUAUGUGCUAUCGCCUUGA